GGGUUUGACAGCUGGUGGCCAUAGGAUCUGCGUUCGGAGAUUUGCUCCUUUUCCAGGCGUCGCAGAGGAUUGAGAAAUGUGCACCGGGGAUGACAAGGACACCGCCUCUUAACAGACUUCAGAAAUAAUAACUGUCGCAGCAACUUCGCACCCGAGCGCCAUCUUGCAUGUGGGCAGAACUGCUUCCGGAGUAACCCCCGCCAGGGCGCUGAGAUUACCGUCACUUCCGGUGUCCUUCUCCCGCUGGAGGAACGCGUGGUGGGACGGUUGCUAUGGCACAGAGUCUGAAGGACUUCGCUGGGCGGUUGCCUGCUGGCCCUCGUGGGAUGGGCACAGCCUUGAAACUGCUGGUGGGUGCUGGAGUGGCAGCUUAUGGUGUCCGGGAGUCUGUCUUCACUGUUGACGGUGGCCAAAGAGCGAUAUUCUUCAACCGCAUUGGAGGAGUUCAGCAGGACACUGUUCUUUCUGAGGGACUGCAUUUCAGAAUUCCAUGGUUUCAGUAUCCGAUAAUUUAUGACAUUCGAGCUCGGCCCCGCAAAAUCUCCUCGCCAACAGGUUCCAAAGAUCUGCAGAUGGUGAAUAUCUCCUUGCGGGUUCUGUCGCGUCCCAAUGCUGCUGAGUUGCCUAGCUUGUAUCAGCGCCUCGGUCUCGACUACGAAGAAAGAGUCCUGCCUUCCAUCGUCAAUGAAGUGCUCAAAAGCGUGGUGGCAAAGUUUAACGCCUCUCAACUCAUUACUCAGCGAGCUCAGGUGUCUCUGCUUAUUCGGCGGGAGCUGACUGAACGGGCCAAAGACUUCAGCCUCAUCCUUGAUGACGUGGCCAUCACAGAGCUAAGCUUCAGCCGGGAAUACACAGCGGCUGUGGAGGCCAAGCAAGUGGCUCAGCAGGAAGCACAGCGGGCCCAGUUUCUAGUGGAGAAGGCCAAACAAGAGCAGAAGCAGAAGAUUGUUCAGGCCGAGGGAGAAGCCACAGCUGCCAAGAUGAUUGGAGAAGCCCUCAGUAAGAAUCCUGGGUAUAUCAAGCUACGCAAGAUCCGUGCUGCCCAGAACAUCUCUAAGACGAUCGCUUCAUCCCAGAACCGUGUUUAUCUCACAGCUGACAACUUAGUGCUGAAUCUACAGGAGGAGGGUUUUACUAGAGGAAGUGACAGCCUUCUGGCCAAACAGGUGAAGAAAUGAAAAGGCGGCCAGGGUCUCCUACGAUCAUCCAGAUGACCGGCAGGAUGGGUUUUGCGGGCAGCCUUGGCAGGAUCCCCCCACUCUUCUCUUCCACCUGCAAGGCCCCCCCCCCCCUUUUUUUUUUGGCUCAGCCAGCCUUUCCAUUGUCACCACUUCUUUUCGACUUUCCCAGGCUGCCGCUAACAGCCGGGCUCCCGUUCUCAGAACUGUGGGCAGCAGGAACCAGCUGCAGAGAAUCCGACGUCACAAUGAGGCAGAAGGUUGAGACUUUCGUUCUCUGACAGUUUUGGAUCCCCUCCAGGACUAGGGAGGAGUGGGCAGUGGAGAAUUUGCAGAAUUGCCAUCUUCACAGGCUGUUGACUGUUUGUGCUUUUGUAACAUGUUCAUCAGAUGAUCGCAGUCCUUCUGCUGGGUCUGUGUGAGGCCUUAGGGUUGUGGAAUAGUCUGUCUCCCUCUUCUUUCCCCCACCCCUCAUCGGGUGGCUUCUCUCAGGACUUGAUAGGUCAUGGGGCUUUUGCAAAGCACUGCAAUCACCGUUUCUAUCUAGAGUCCGAAUCACAACUUUCUAAAAAUAAAUUCUGACCCGACGCUUCGGAUAACGCUGUGUGUGGUGUUGAGUGGUGCACGGGGACGGGCCUUUAACAGGGAGCUUCAUCAGCUGAAAGAAAAAGGGUGCCGCUCAUCUCCCAACAUAAGAUGGUCCUCUUUGAAAGCCUGCUCACAGGAGGGAUCUCGUGGUUCAGAGAAGAGGUGGGGCGGGAGGAGAGGAGAGGUACUUUGGCUAGCUGCUGUUUGGUCAUUGUUUGGUUUUAGAAUGUCUUCUCUGCAAGCAGCUCUCUGUUGCUGCUGCCUGCUUUCCUCCGUUGCCUUGAGGGCUUAAAAAGAAGCCAGGGGGUGCAGCAGGCCUGCAAACUGGAAAACCGACCCUGUCAGGGGGAGGUGGGAGCAACCACUGGCAGGCUGUUUAGCUCAGUUGGGUAGUCCUGGAAGGGAGCAGUUUGGAGCUCUUUUGUUAGCUGGCCAUGUAGGCUCUGAAACCCCCUGUUUACAUAAACAUCCUUCUGGUUUGGUCUGAAACCUUUGGCAAAGAAAAUGUGUGUGGAGUGGUGAAAGAAAAUAUCCAGGUGACUGGAGUGGAUCUUCACUCUUUUGUAUCAUUUAAGAUACCAAUUACUCAAAUAAAUACUCAAGAGCUUUUUUUAAAGGUCAA